AAAAAAAAAAGCGUAGCGAACCAGCUAUUGUUCGCAGCCGGCGUAGUCGCCAAGCGAACCACACAGUUCAGCAGCACCAGAACGCAGCCGCUCAGAUCCAUGAGAGCUGUGGUUCAGAGAGUCGCCUCUGCAAGCGUCGAGGUCGAUGGGCGCAUCGUUUCGGAGAUUGGGCCGGGACUUCUCGUGCUCGUCGGCGUUCAUGACUCCGACACCGAUUCCGACGCCGAAUACAUAUGCCGUAAGGUCCUGAAUAUGAGAUUGUUCCCAAAUGAGAGUACCUCCAAGGCUUGGGACUUGAAUGUAAUGCAGAAGAACUACGAGGUUCUACUAGUUAGUCAGUUUACACUCUAUGGAAUAUUAAAGGGCAAUAAGCCGGACUUUCAUGUGGCAAUGCCUCCACAAACUGCUAAGCCCUUCUACGCUUCUGUAGUUGAGAGGUUUGGAAAAUCCUAUAAACCAGAUGCCAUUAAAGAUGGAGUGUUUGGAGCAAAGAUGAAGGUCAAUUUGGUGAAUGAUGGGCCAGUCACAAUGCAGAUUGACUCCAAACAGUCCAAGUAAGGUAAUCAACCAACUUAGGAGCUCUCUUGCCUGCUGCAGGGUGUUAGGGAGGUAUGAUUUUCAUUAACUUUCAUUUCUGGAAUACAGUUGAAGCUCUAGAAGACUCAUGAUGAAUUAGCAUUUCAUAAGAAACAAUUUGAUUGAUGUAUGAUAUUAGGCGGAGGGCUGUAGGGGAAUUGCAAAAGAGCUCUCCAUUUGAAAAGGAAAAGGAGGGAGGUUAAGCUAUAGUGAUGAAUAAAGAUGAACAUUUACACCAAGUUACAUCCAUGUU